CCUCACAGUAGCCUAUACUCGAAGGCAGAGGACAAAACUGUGUCUUCAUCCCCGUGAGAGUUUAACAAGUGCGAUAUUUUAAAAUCCCCAUGUUACUUUCCCAAGAAAAAAAUCUAAAGAUAGGCCUACCUGAUGUCCUUAUUAGGGCAAAGAUGGUAGUUUUUUUGUAGGUGAACUUCAGAGGUGUAUAGCCUCCUGCGCUGGAAGAGGGGCGCGUCUCUCCAACACAGCGACUACAGCAAGCAAGAACCUUCAGUCCUCAGCUUUCCCCUGCAUACCCUGUGUCUCUGGCCCAGUUAAAGAAGGUAUCGGUGGUGCUGGUGGACUGCUGUAGAACACAAGGUCCACAAGAGAAGGACAAAGAGAUUAACAAUGAUGCAGAGCAGCCUGACCCAUAAAGGAGAGAGGCCUAACCAGUGCACUCAGUGUGGGAAGAGUUUCAGAUGCAAGGCCUAUCUCACCAUACAUCUGCGUGUCCACACAGGAGAGAGACCAUACCAUUGUACUCAGUGUGGCAUGAGCUUCAGUGUACAGGACACUUUAAAAAAGCAUAUGUUAAUUCACACAGGAGAAAGGCCGUACCACUGCUCUGAAUGUGGCAAGAGUUUUAGACAAAAAGGGAAUUUCCAAGCACACCAACGCAUGCAUACAGGAGAAAGGCCAUAUCUCUGUACCCAGUGUGGCAAGAGCUUUAAACGUAAGCAUCAUCUCACAGCACACAGGGUCUUGCACACCGGAGAGAAACUUUACCACUGCAGUCAGUGUGGUAAGAGUUUCAGGCAAAAGUUUUGUCUCACCAUUCACCAGCGUAUUCACACUGGAGAGAAGCCGUAUCCCUGCAGCCAUUGCAGCAAAAGUUUUUUUCACCUUUCAGAUUUGGUAAGACAUGAGCGCAGUCACACUGGAGAAAAGUCAUUUCACUGCACUGAAUGUGGCAAGAGUUUUGCCGUAAAGGGAAAUCUCAAAAUACAUCCGCAUUCACAGGGGGGAAAAGUACCACUGCACACAUUGUGGCAGGAGCUAUUCCUCAAAGGCUCAUUUUAAGGACCACUUGCGUGUUCACGGAAGACAGGAGCCAUAUAACUGCACUAUGUGUGGUAAAAGUUAUAGAUUCAAACAGAGUAUGGUAAAACAUAUGCGACAACAUACAGGAGAGGGAAUGCACUACUGCUCCCAAUAUGGCAAAAGUUUCACUGAAAUGUUUCUCUUCAGAGAACACCAAUACAUACACACAGGAGAAAAACCAUACAGCUGUACUAAAUGUGGGAAGGGUUUUGUGUCAGAGAGAAAUCUUCAAAGACACAUGUUAACACACUGUAAACUAUACCACUGUACUCAGUGUGACAAGAAAUUCAGUCUAGAGGAUCAUUUAAAAAUGCACCAGCAAAUUCAUUCAAGAGGGAAGCAAUACAAAUGCUCCAUUUGUGAUAAAAGUUUUUUUACAAUGUCUCAUCUCAAAGCUCAUCAACAUAUUCACUCUGGAGAGAGGCCCUACCACUGCUCUCAGUGUGACAAGAGUUUCACUGAUCUGGGAAAUCUUAAAGUACAUCAGCGUGUUCACAUGGGAGAAAAGCCAUUUCACUGCACUCCGUGUGGAAAGAGUUUCUCUCAGCAGGGAAAUUUAAAAAGACAUCAGCAUACCCAUAAAAAAUAAAAGCUCAACACCUGAUUAGAACCUGAUUUUUGUCAUGAUGUGGCCCCACAUUUUGCCAUAUAUUUUGAGAGUAAUACAGUAUACAGCAAUCAUUCAAAUUUCUUGUAUGUAUGAUGUAUGCCAACAUCUGCGAUAUUGUAGCCUGGCGUAGCCAUACUCAAUUAUAUUUAGAAUGUGAGUAUGAUACUAUAUGAUUUGGUGGGGCUUGUGUAAGGCCAGGAUCUUUGGACCAGCCAAAUUUGGUCCAUCCCCCCAUUCUCAAACAAAGAACCUUCUGCACCACCCAGGGGUAACAAUACAGUCAAAUUUAUCCAAAAAGAGAAACUAGUUUGAUUUUCACUUCUGAAAUCUGUGUAAAUGUAUGCUGUGAAUAUUACUCAUUCAUGUUUGGUCUUUAAUUAUCACUUGUAAUGUGGGCAGCAGUCUGAUCAUGGUGGUUUCAUGAUCAUCUAAUGUUUGUGCAUAGUUGAAAACUAAGAGCUACACUGUAGUCUGUAUGUGAAUCUCAUACCUAUUCUUUGCACCAAUGACCAAUGGUCUGUAGGCAAGUUGGGAGGGUCGUGCAUAUUCAGAUGGUCUUUGCCUUGGGAUAAAGCAGGGCUGCUCUUUAAGAUAAGGUCUCUUAAUUAUUCUGGUCUACCGCUGGCUAGAGGUCUCUCUCCUCUCUCUCUCUCUCUCUCUCUCUCUCUCUCUCUCUCUCUCUCUCUCUCUCUCUCUCUCACACACUCUCUCUCAAUCACUGUCCUUACUUUUGGGUUUGAUCUUUUUUUUUUUUUUUAUGUGUGAUGACUUAUUUUAUCUGGUGUAUUUGACAUUCUAACUUGUUAACUUGCUAAGUUUGUUUGUUUUUUGGUUAAGCUUACUUUGUUCUUUUGUUACUUUGUAACAGUAUAUUUACCCAAGUUUUACUUUACAUUAAAUUUAAGUGAUAUUGGUCACAUCUACCUUUAUAGUUUACUGGUAAAUAAAUGGUUGAUUUCACCCACCAUUUAUAUAUUUCUUCUUGUAUGCCACCAUUCCACUACUCUUACACAUUUACCACUGCAUUACCUGUAUGUCAAUGUUUAAUAAACGUUUAAACCUUUGAUGGCCACCACAAUUCUUAUCCUGAGGAGCGCCUGUGGUGUCCCUGACACGUGUUUCAACCGAUACAACUGAGGCAGGGGGGACAAAAAUGCCUCUGCACUCAGCUUCUCUAGCGACAGGCUUUUUAUUUUUGAACAAAAUUAUCCAAAGUGCGCUCAGGUGAUGUG